AUAUUUGAAGAGAGCAGCGUUCGUUUUCAUCUUCCAUUAAGUUUUAAGUUGCUUUACAACAGCGUUAAGAACUCCAUACCUUGCUAGCAUUAUUCCCAAAAAAAAAAAUGCGGGCCUAUUGGUACGACAAUCUCGAAGGCGAUCAACGCCUGCCGCAUGAUUCCGGUAGGGAAGUCAACGAGGAUGAGCUGAAGAAGGUUGGCGUUUUGUAUUAUCGCAUCCCGGAGCUGGCCGGUGUGGAUGCUCUAGCUCGUGAACGCGACUAUAAGAACCGUGACGAGAUCACCGUCUCGCCUGCUAAGAUGGGCGAUGUCUACGAGCAGAAGGUCCGCAUGUUCUUCGACGAGCAUCUCCAUGAGGACGAGGAGAUCCGCUACAUCCGCGAUGGGAAGGGUUACUUUGAUGUGCGCUCCAAAGGCGACGAAUGGGUGCGCAUUCAGCUUGAAAAGGAUGAUUUGAUAAUCCUUCCGGCUGGUAUCUAUCACAGGUUCACCACAGAUGAAGACAACUAUAUCCAAGCAAUGCGCUUGUUCAAAGAGGAGCCCAAAUGGACACCGUUGAACAGAUCCAAUGAUCUAGAUACAAAUGAGUACCGUAAGGCUUACGUUUCCCAGUACGUGAACUAAGCGUAAGUC